UAAUUAUUGGGUUAUAUUUGAGUCUAAUUUAAGUGAAUACUAAACACAAAACUUUUUGCCACAAAAUGUCUCAAAAAGUGCCAAAAGAUCUGUUCGUUAGGACACCACUAAUCGAGAGCUUAGAGCUGAGGCCUUACUGUCCAAACAAAGUGUACCUGAAGUUAGAGAACAGUCAGCCGUCCACCAGCUAUAAGAUGCGUGGAGUCAGUCGACUCUGUCAACAGGGUGCGCUCGAGGGCCGGGAUGAGAUCAUAUCGUCAUCGGGUGGUAACGCGGGUCUGGCGACCGCCUGUUCCGCGCGUAUGUUAGGCCUCAAGUGUCGCGUAUUUCUACCC